AUGGAGAUUCCUUUCUUGACCACUGGCUGCGAUGAUGAGAUCCUCCGCUGUGUGCUGGAGAAGACCGACUUCGCCGAGGUCCAGCUGCGGCAGCUCUCGCAACGAUGGAUGGCCGUGUGGAGGUUGUUCCCAGCACCCGUGCGCUUUGCUCCACCUGGCGGCCCUGUGGAGCUGGAGUUGGAAGUGAACCAGGCCAUGAGCAAACUGAUCUUCACGUGCAACCUGCGGCUCCACGGUGGCACCACCACUGUGGCACGGAUGGAUUGGACACCCUCCUACUUUGGUGCGCGGAAAGCACAUGCUCAAUGUCCGAUGAGAGUUGUUUCAUGA